AUGGCAAAAGUCACGCCGCGCCGCUCGUUUCUACCCGUCGUGCACGCUUCUGACAAUUUCCCCUACGGCCCGGUGGACAGUGCCUACUACUACCAGCUCUUCCUACCAGACGACGACGAACCGCACGGAUACAUGCUCCCGGCCAUUGUAGAUAAAAUGCCCUGGACUGCCGCUUUCGCCAUCAGCCACGAGCCGCCGCGGAGCGUCAGCGUGCGGGACCGCUCGUCGAAGAAGGGACAAAACGCCGCGUGGGCGGUCAAUGUCGCUUUUCAGGAACUCGUAGACGCGUGCAUCGCGCGCGACAGCUUCCAUGUGCUGGCCGGGCGGCAUAGCGAGCCGUUCGCUGUGCUUGGCGCUCGGUAUGAUUCCCCCGUUAGUGUGGAGCGCUUCGCGACGACGCUGUUCGGCUUGACGACGCGCGGGGUGCAUCUGGUUGCGUACACGACCGGCAUGGGGAUGGGAACGGGAGUGGAGAGAGAGAAAGAAAAGGAAAUCGACAAGAUCUGGAUCGCGCGUCGUGCGAGGCACUUGUAUUCGUACCCGGACAUGCUCGAUAGCACGGUGGCGGGGGGCUUGAAAGCGGGCGCACUCCCCUUGCAAGCCAUCUUGGAAGAAGCCGAUGAGGAGGCGUCCUUUGCGGAAGAUUUCGUUCGCGAGCAGAUCAGGUCUCGUGGUGUGCUUUCGCAUAUGAGCGUUACGGGCAAGGGGAUGCCGGGGGAGCAGGGCUUGGUCAAUCCGGAUUAUAUCUAUGUGUAUGAUAUGGAGCUGCCGGGCGACGUGGUGCCGAAGCCGCAGGAUGAUGAAGUCAAUCGGUUCUAUGGCAUGACUGUCGACCAGGUCAGAGAAGCGUUGCUAAAUGGGGAAUUCAAACCGGACUCGGGAGCCGUGUUGGUGGACUUUUUCAUUCGGCAUGGGAUUGUUACCCCGGAGAAUGAAGAGAAUUUCGUGGAGAUCAAUAUGCGGCUGCAUAGACGACUGCCCUUCAGGAUCGCCUGA